UUCGCUUCUCUUUUUCUUCACCUAGUCGAGAUGAGAGUUGUGUGGCCCAUUCCAGCCGAAGAUUUGCGAGGAGUUGGUGGUUUGAGGGUGAAGGUGGUUUCCCAUGAUACACUUUGCGCCGGGUUCUGAGGAAUUCCGUCGCCCGAUGAAGCUGACUGGAGGAAUGAGGUUACUAACUCUUUACAUCUAAGAGUUUGCCACAAUGGGAAAUAGUAUUUCCAAAAGAAUUUAUCCCUCUUUUCUGAAGAACAGAAUGGAGACUAAGUGUGCUAGUCAAAACAAACACCACUUUAACCAAAACUCUACAUUGGAAAACUGUUAUCAUCCUAGCAUCCAAGAUGUAGACAGCAAUGAUGAGGAGGCUGAAGAUAUGUUUUACAGGUUUGUGAUUCUUCAUGCUGAGGAGGAUACAGAAGAAGCCAUUAGAGUCCAAGACCUCUUACAAAAUGAAUAUUGUAUCAAACCAGGAAUCAUUUUUGCAGAAAUGCCUAGUGGUAGACAUUUGCUGGAAAAUUUAACUGAUGCCAUUAACGAUUCUGCCUGGAUAAUUAUACUGCUGACAGAAAACUUCUUAAGAGACCUUUGGUGUGAAUUCCAAUCCUAUACUUCUCUUUUGGGUGCGCUGACCAUCCCAAACAAACAUAACAGUGUGAUACCCAUGCGGCCACGGAAUAGACCACUCCCUUGGGAGAGGACUCCUUUCAUCCUACAGUGUGUUAAUGUUCUGCAAGAAGAUAGUCCUGGAUUUUCUGUUCAAAUAAAGAAAACUUUCCAAGAGGCUCGAUAUAGGCAGCAGGAAAAGGUGUGGCGGUACGGAAGAAAGAAAGAAGUGGCUCCAAAAAUCCUUUAGUGGUAAAGGUAGAAAGCAACUUUUCCUAACCAGCUGCCUUUCAGAAAGGCUGGAGUUAGAAUAGAGUGUUCACAACCAGCAUACGCUGACCGGCUAUGAUGGGAAAUACUAGCACAUCUGAAAAACAUUAUCUGGAAAAACAUUAGCAUUACAAAUGCAUUUUUUUUUAAAAAAAGAAAGUAAUUUAUUUGUUCAAAGAUCCUGUGAUACUCUAUCCCCAUUUUGUUGAUUUUAUUUCUGGGUACUUAAACAAGAGUUUGGGAGGUCCUCUUCAGAUGAGCCUCCAGGUAUAACGCUACCAAGAAAAGUUCUUGUUUUCCACCAUUCUAGCUGUAAGCUUUAAAAGUCUUGAAGAGAGGGAUCACAGGACCAUGAAUGGAGUAAGCAUUCUAUUUGUAGGAUAUUCACUUUGAGGAAUUUCAGGUGAUAAGGAUUAGAAAGACAACUAUCUGAACCUUGAGGAAUCGCUAUGAGACAUGAUGAAACAAUGCUGACCUGAUAUUUUCUAAGAAUUAAAAGCAGAUUUAAAGAAUAGUCAUUGUUUGUGGUGUGAACGUUCAUCCUAUUUUUGUCUUUGGUAGAUUUUUAUGGAUUUUAGUACUGUUUCAGAACAUGGAAAUAUUUAACUAUUUAACCAGACAUCAUAAAGGGAUUAAAGAAAUGUACAUUUUUGUUAUCUAGUCCACACACUUUGCACUGAACCAUAAUGUGAUUUACUUUAUGAAUCACUCAGUCUUAUAUAAAUCAUGAUUUAUGGCUUAAGUAGGAUAUGCAAACCUAGUUAAUUACUAUGUAUCACUAUAUUUUUAAUCCUUUUAAAAUAUAGUAUCUAUCUUCCAUCUUCAAAUGCUGCUUGGUGGCACAGUCUCUCACAUUCCCCUCAUCCCAGUUGAGAAUGCUGCUCUUUUAUUCAGUGUAAUAAUGUCAUUUCCACAUGGAUCAAACUGACCUAGCAAUUCCAAGAUUUUUUUGUUGGAACAGCUGAAAUACAAACUGUAUUUUUGAAGGAACACAAUGGAAUUAUAAAGCCUGUUCUGUGAAGUUUUGCCAUGUGGACAGAUCCUUGUGUUCUGCAGAGCCUAGGUGUCAGGGAAAGCUUGCUGGCAAUUCUUGUUUUUAUUUAUUAAAUAUUUUGGUUAAGGAUUUCUCAUAACUAAAAUGAUCAAAGAUUAUUAAUCUUUUUUGUCAUUUUAAUGUAAUUGUAAACUGCAAUAAAUUGCAUUUGAGCAGAGUUGAAUUGUAACUCAUACUAAAUAACAAAUUGGUGAUUCAGUUUCUAAGUUAUGGAUACAUCACAAUGAAAUUGGGCAUUGAUACUUGUACUGUGUUCAUUUUCAGUCAUACUUAUUGCAUAUUGACUGAAUAGCAUGACAAUUAACUGGAUAUAUAACUGACUCAAAAAUUAUAUCCAGAAGUAUUGUGUAGAUUACAAUUGAGAAACAGAUUCAAAUCCACUUUUAACCAUGGAAGCCAAUGGAUGACUUCAGAUCAAUCAUUCUUUCUCAACCCAAUGUACCUCAAAAGGUCAUUGUGGAAUAAAAUUAGAUGAUAAUUAUAUGCUGCAAGAAGGAGAGCUACAUGUGUCAUCUUGAAUUUUUCGAGGAAUAGGAAGAUACAACGUAACAAGUAAUAUAAUAUUGUUUUGUUGAAUAAGCCAUGAUUGAUAAUAUAGAAGACAUAGGCAUAAAUUAUAAGGCACAAUUGCUGGGUUUACACUCACAAAAUCAAACACAAAUCAUAUUAGAACAGUCUGGUAAUCUUUGCAGAUAAUGUUGCCAUCUCAAUUAAGGAUCUUGCUCUUUUGGUUAAUUUUGUGGUUCAUAAAGUUUCCUCCCUUUUAUAUGCCUUGUACUAAGUUAAAGCAUUAAAUAUAUUUGUUUUUACAUAA